CAGUGAGAAGAAGGGUUCUGUUUGUGCGUUCCAAUGGCCGCGGCUCCGGGGUUGGCGGCUUUCUGCCGGAAGGUAUGGGAGCCGGUGGUGGCGAAAGCCCGCAGAGCUGUGGUGUUCAUCGACCAGCCUUGCGCCGAGGUGCUGCACUGGUGCGGGGGGGCAGAACUACUGCUUGCGGCGGGGGCUUUGAAUGUAAAGGAAUUCUCCAGCUUCGAGUCCGGCGGCUCCAAGCAGCCCAAAGCUUUGUUCGUGGUGAGCUGCCCGCUGCGUGGCCGGGCUUUGGAGGUGAUUAAGGACGUAGUGAGCCAGAGCUCCUUCCAAUACUGCAUAGUGGUGACAGCUGUGAGCCCGUCUGAAGCUGCCGAUGCCCGAACCCUAUGUGAGCAGAUGGAGGACAAGCUGUGCGAAUGGAUGGGAAACAUGAACUUUACAGCGGAGGUGAUGUGGGCUCCCCUGAUGCUGGCCCCUCUGUCCCCCCACCUGUUAGUAGCCCCAGCUUUCUCUUCCCUAUUCCCUCUCCUGCCAUCCCAAGACCUGCACACACUAAACCUCGGCCGAGCAGACAAAAAGAGGUUCCCAGGACUUGGAGAUGUGGAUCUUCCCUCCAUGCCCCAGGAGCUCCAGCUGCACAUAAGAAACCUGCUGUCAGGGCUCAACCAGUUCUUGGAAGGCAUAGGUGUGCGGGAGGAGUGCUACUCAGUGGGGCAUCUCAGCCGGAUUAUUGCUGGAGAGCUGGCUAAUUACCCCCUGGCUAAGAACCGCAGGAAAACUGCCCAGAGCAAAGCCUCCCUGGUCUUCAUUGACAGGACUAUGGACUUGGCUGGUAUGGGAACAAUCUCCAGACUUUUCUUUUUGGGUCUUAAAGUUUUCUCGCUAAAGAAUUUGUUUUUAUUUGAUUCAUUAGAUUUGCUAAAUAAAAUUAAAUAUCUAUG